AUGGCCAAGCGCAAGCGCCCAGCCACCCCUCCCGUUACCACGCAGUCUGCGAAAGAAGCACGAGACGACAGGGCAUCGCGUCGCGCAGCUGCUCAAGACAUUCGCGACCAAGCUCGUCGGGCUCAGAUCACCACGCUCAAUGCUGUCAACUCACCUCUGCUUCGACUCCCGGCUGAGAUUAGGAACAUGAUCUUCGCCCACGUCUAUACAGGCAUAUUCUACUUCUUUGACGAAGGUCCUGCGACUAAGCCCUCCGAUCAAUAUUGCUUUAUGGCCGUCGAUCGAUGGCUUGAGCAGCGGACACCGGACAAAUUACCUCUCGCCUGUCACCAGAUGCAUGCUGAAACGGCUCUACUACCCUAUUCGCUUGGUAGCUUCCGAUUUGAGUGCGAAAGGUCGGCAUUCCGAGGGCUCUGGAUCGUGAAAAGAUUUUUGGGAAGGCGAACGAGUGAGCAGAUCGGUGCGAUGGCUAACGUCAAGCUCACUGAGUGGUCAGAAGCGUUGGGUUGCUAUUGGUACCAACAAAACACUGCUGCAUACUGGGUCGCCAAGUUAGAAGUUUUCUCAGCCUCUUACGCCAAGAUGACCCCAAUGGAACGCUACAGGUUCGAUAUCUCUUCUUUCGGACCAUCUGGUGGUCAGGUGACGCUUCCAUAG